AUGGCAAUCCCUGUGAUAGAGUUUAGCACUCUGAAUGGAUACAAGAAGGGUGAAACCAUGGCACUUGUGCAUGAACCUUGUGAAAAUGGGGCUUUUUUCUGCCAAACAGUGGAUGAGUACAUUGAAGAACUCAUUAAGUUGGCAAAAAAGUUAGCAAUGCUCAUGAGUGAAAACCUUGUUAUGGAGAAAGAUUACAUAAUGGAAGCAUUUUCUAAAAGUAAUGGACCUGCUAUGGGAACAAUAGUGGCCAAGUACCCUCAAUUUCUACAACCAGAAUUAGUGAGAGGACUUAGAGAGCACACAGAUGCAGGUGGUAUCAUACUAUUACGCCAAGAUGACAAAGUGCCUGGUUUAGAAUUCUACAAAGAUGGCAAAUGGGUGGAGAUUGAAAUAAAGUGUUGA